AUGGACCACGGAUGCCAAUGUGGUAAUAGCUGCCAAUGUGAGGAUAACUGUCAAUGCGCAAAAACCACUACCACUGUGAAAGAAACAACAGCUCAGCAGCAUGUUUGCAAAUGUGACGGCAAAUGUGGCGACAAAUGUGAUUGUGGUAAUAAAUGUAGUUGCACUGCUAGUGGAAACUGUCAAUGCGGGUCACAUUAA